AUGGAUCAAACUUUUUAAGAUUAGGAAGCUCUAGCUGACAUCAUUACUUAAGUUAAAGAUGUAGAUGAACAACUAUUUGGUGUCUUGUUGGAAAUAAUUCGAAAGGAAAAAGUUUAUGACUACAUUAGAUAUCUUUUGGAUAAUGGAAUUCAAAAACAUUUAGAAGAAUAAAUCUUACAACAAAGAGAGAAUUUUAAACAAGCUUAUAAUGAAAUGAAAUUGUAUGAUUUUAGAAAGAAUAUAUAACAAAUUACGGAUGCCCUAAAAAAAAUAAAAGAUCAUAAAUUUAAUAAGAAAGAUUAUUCAAAUGAAGAAAAUUAAGAAUCUAUAAAAGAUCUGAUUAAAAGAAUUCGGUAUAAUAAAAAGAUCAUCGAAUUUUUGUAUUUUUUAGUUCAGCUCACAUCCUUAGAUAACACUUUAAUUUAAUGUGGUUCUAAUUCAUUACAUAUCUUAGUUUAAAUGAAGGUUGAUAUGACAAAUAAAAAUUUUGAAAAUAUUAAGAUGUAAAAUACUUCUUUAGUAGGGGCUAAUUUUUUUCGAUGCAAUUUAAGUGGAUCUGAAUUUAAUAAUGUUAACAUUAGUGGAAUGAAUUUGAAUGGAGCAUUAUUAUUGAAUUGUAAAUGGAACAACUUAAGAAUCCAUGAAUUAAACUAAUUAAAAGGUCAUGGUGGUUUUGUAAGAUCAGUCUGUUUCUCUCUUGAUGGAAAUACAUUAGCAUCUGGUAGUUAUGAUAACUCUAUUCGUCUAUGGGAUAUUAAAACAGGAUAAUAAAAAGCCAAAUUAGAUGGUCAUACAAAUGAUAUCAACUCAGUGUGUUUCUCUCCCGAUGGAAUUAAAUUAGCAUCUAGUAGUCUUGAUAAAUUUAUCCGAUUAUGGGAUGUUAAAACAAGAAAAAAGAUGGCCAAAUUGAUUGGUCAUACUAAUUUUGUCAACUCGGUCUGUUUCUCUCCUGAUGGAAAUACAUUAGCUUCUGGUAGUUAGGAUUAGUCUAUCCGUCUUUGGGAUGUAAAAACAGGAUAAUAAAAAUUCAAAUUAGAUGGUCAUACUAGUAGAGUCUUAUCAGUCUGUUUCUCUCGUGACGGAAAUACAUUAGCUUCUGGUAGUAGUGAUAAGUCUAUACGUCUAUGGGAUGUUAAAACUGGAUAAUAAAAAGCCUAAAUAGAUGGUCAUACUAGUGGAGUCUUAUCAGUCUGUUUCUCACCUGAUGGAAAUACAUUAGCAUCUGGUAGUGAAAAUAAGUCUAUCUGUCUAUGGGAUGUUAAAACUCGAUAAUAAAAAGCCAAAUUGGGUGGUCAUUAUUAACCUGUUACAUCGGUCUGUUUCUCACCUGAUGGAAAUACAUUAGCAUCUGGUAGUGAAGAUAAUUCUAUCCGUUUAUGGGAUGUUAAAAAAGGAUUAUAAAACGCCAAAUUAGAUGGUGAUUUUCAUAAUGUUUUCUAAGUCUGUUUCUCUCCUGAUGGACAUACUUUAGCUUCUUGUAGUAUAGAUAGAUCUAUCCAUCUAUGGGAAGUAAAAACAGUAUAAUAAAAAGCCUAAUUGGGUGGUCAUGAUGAACCUGUUACAUCGGUGUGUUUCUCUCCUGAUGGAAAUACAUUAUCUUCUGGUAGUAGUGAUAAGUCUAUCCGUCUAUGGGAUGUAAAAACAGGAUAAUAAAAAGCCUAAUUUGAUGGUCAUAGUGAUAGAAUUUGGUCAGUCUGUUUCUCUCCUGAUGGAAAUACAUUAGCUUCUUGUAGUAAGGAUUAUUCUAUCCGUCUAUGGGAUGUCAAAACAGGAUAAUAAAAAUCCAAAUUAGAUGGUCAUAGUAAGUACGUCAACUCAGUCUGUUUCUCUCCUGAUGGAAACACAUUAGCUUCUGGUAGUGAUGAUUAGUCUAUCCGUCUAUGGGAUGUCAAAACAGGAUAAUAAUAAUCCAAAUUAGAUGGUCAUGCUAACACUGUCUACUCAGUCUGUUUCUCUCCUGAUGGAAAUACUUUAGCUUCUGGUAGUUGGGAUAAAUCUAUCCGUCUAUGAAAUGUAAAAACAAGAUAAUAAAAAGCCAAAUUAGAUGGUCAUGAUGAACCUGUUACAUCAGUCUGUUUUUCUCUUGAUGGAAAUACUUUAGCUUCUGGUAGUUGGGAUAAAUCUAUCCGUCUAUGGGAUUUAAAGAUAGGAUAAGAAAUUAAAUCCUUGGAUAAACAUAACAAAGAUGUUUUAAUGUAAUGGAAGAUUUCACUCAAAAACAAUAGUCCUCUUUCAGAAGAUAGUAUUUAUCUUUUUCAUAUUUUAGUCUCCAUAUACACUACUAAACUCCUUAUAUCUUAAAAGGCAAUAUUUUAAGCAUAAGGAGCACUUAUUCUGAAAGGAGAGUUCAUAAAUAAAUCAGGGAUAGAUUUAAAAAAAUUAUUGAAACAAAAAGGAAGUUGCUUUUUGGAAAGCUUAUAGUAAAAUUGA